CCGACACCAUGUUGAUCAGGACACGUUUUCUUGAAGCCAGCAACGGGAGCCAUGGCGCGUUUGGGCGCUCUGCCAUGUCAACUGGUCUUGCCGCAAGAUGCUGCAGAGUUGAAUCAACCCAAGGCUAGUGAUAUAUUAGAGCCCUUGGAGGAUGGUGCGAACAUGGAGGAUGAUAGAACAUGUUGCAUAUGUUUGGACACCAGUGCAUGCAGCAAAUUGCCGUGUGGCCACCAGUAUCACGUUGCUUGCUUGGAAAGCUGGUUCGAACAGAGGCCCUCAUGUCCAACGUGUGGGCACUUCUAUGGGGAUCGCAUGGGCUCCAUGCUGGAUGGGACGAUGUCUUGGAGCUCCAGCAAGUUUCGAUUGGCUGGCCACAGCUGUCCCACGCUUGUCUUGCAUUUUUCAUUUUCCAGUGGAUCUCAAGGUGGCCAGGACUAUGAUGGGCGCUCCCAGCAUGCCUAUUUACCAGACAACGAGGAGGGGAAGAAGCUCCUGGCCAUGUUUCAGCUCGCCUUCCGGCGGCGAGUGCUCUUCAGCCUGAGUCCCUCUCUCACCACCCAACGCCUUCAUCCCACCUUCGCCAUUCAUCUGAAGACCUCGAUGACGGGUGGACCAGCCAGGCAUGGCUACCCAGAUGAGCAAUACUUCAACUCUGCCAUGGAAGAGCUUCGGAACGCUGGGAUUUCCCUGGAGGCUGCCACUCCCGUGGCCAUCGGCCUCAACGCUUCACUGGCCAGUCGCAUCAGACAGAAGUGUGGUUUUGUCUUAAGCCAAAUCGAAUCAAAGCUGCUGAUGGCCUCCCUCAUCAUUCUCUGGAUCACACCUCAGGGACGUGCGACCUUCUUUCCCUGCUUUUCGAUCCUGAUCGUCUUGGGCCUUCCGCCGAAGCCUGGAGUGGCCUGGUCCGCGGUCUUGUUCUUCACCUAUUUUGGGACGACGACUCCAAGGGCUGAUGAUGAGGCACGACUCCAGUCAUGCGGCGAUUUGGUGAUUUCAUGUGAUUUCAGUCGAACCCCCAAACUGAAGAAUUCCUGCUCAAGAUGGCAAGAAAAUAUCAGAAAUGCAGGAAACAAAAUACGGCCCUCACGCUUUGAGAUGAGGCUGCCAAGAGCCUUUGGAACAUCCAACAUCUGACUUGACGUUUCAAAGUGCAAGCUGUCUAUACCAAGGAGCAGCAGGCAGAGUUUAGCUUUGUCAUGAUGAGCCUGAGUCAAUAAGUGGUACACUUUUCAUCUUUUGAUUUCAAGUAUACAGCAUCCAUCGGGCGGCUUCUGGUUUGUGCUCACGAUCGGGAAAGUCUGUUCUACCCAGACAUGCUGUGCUCAAUAUCCUAGCAGUUCGCCUCAACCUUUCAAGGUGUCACGUCAGGUCUCCAUGUCGUUUAGCCCUGGCACAGAGACCUGAAUGGCACCUGAAGAAGAACAACUUCGAUGCCCCCACCGGUUGGUUGAACGGUCAUGGUGGGAAGAAUUUCUGGAGAGGCUUGAGGCAUCGGUCAGGCUACUUCAUCAUUUGUAGGUCGAUGCCGAGCAGUUGCCAUGCUGGCCUUGACAUUCACAUGCGGUCCUGUAUUGCAGUAUAGGGUUCUCAAAUUCUGUCAUAGAAAGCUCUUUGCAGACUCCAGACAUCUACAGACCUCUCCUGGGCCCAGAGAAUUCUUUUUUGGGGAGGAGCAGACCGUGUUCUCGUUCGACGGACUCAGGAGCAUCAUUCUCAUCUCCUGGCUCUUCGCGCUGCUCAAGGUCCUCCUGACACCUCGCUGCAGCUGCUUCAACCGGAUCCAGCGCAAGACCCGUGCCGCGAUCCAGGUGCCACAUGUGAAGACUCUUUUGACCAUCCUUGUGUUGCUGCUGGCGUCGGGCUAUGAGACCAGAGCUGGGCGUAUAGCGCUGGCCCUUUGCUCCAUCCAUUUGCUUCUGAUUUGCAUUUGCAUCCCAUGCCCCAGUUUCAGGACCGGCUCCAUCAGCUCCUUUGGAGAACCGUUGGAGAACGAGAUGGAAGAGGUACUCCGUCAGGUGGGGGCAAACCCGGAGCAUGGCCUCAACAGCUGCAACGUCUUUGUGGAUGCGAGCCAACGGGUUUUUGAUGAGAUGAAGGAAGAGCACUGGGCGCUCUAUGCCUCAACGCCCUCCUUGCAAGGGCGUGCAGAUAUGAAGGCCAUCCUACAGGACUUCCUCCGAUCGGUGGAGAGACCCUUGCGCUGCAGAGCCAGUGGUGUGAUCCAUGAAAUGCUGGAGAACGAGAAGCGCUGGGCCAGUGAAGGCUAUGUGGUCUUCUACCAUCUCUAUGCACUCUCCAGUGUCCUGUACGAGCUUCAAACUGCUUUGGCGAACGAACUCUUGGACUAUCCAUUGGCUGGGCCACCAGUGAUGCGGCUCUCACGCAGAGCCUUUGGAGACAUCCGUUCGCUUUCACAGGUACUGUCCAUCCGUGAUCAUAACAUCAGCGAUCGCGCGCACGAGUACCGCGCGUUGGCGGUGUCGGCCUUCUCUUCAUGCUUCGCCAGUGGAGGAUACACUCGCAGCAUGCAGCGGUAUAUGAUGCAGGGCUUUCCGAGCGGCACCAGCAACUAUGUGAAGAAACUGAUUGAUGAUUUGCUCUCUGCCGUAGGCAUUGAUCAGCCUGAUGUGAUUCCCACCCUGCGGUCAAGAAUCCUGGCAGCUGGCAAAGCACAGGGCUUGGAGGCUUUGGGUCAGGUUUUGCAAAUCUUCCUCCACGACUCCGUGGUAGACGCCUUCGCCUAUGGCUCCCAGCCCUUGGGGGCUCUGGCACCUCGUGGACUGCCAGUGAGUGCUUGGCUCCGGCAGCAGUGCCCCAUCGAGGGCCAGGUCAGGCUGGUUCCUCAUCCCGACCUCUUCCUGGCGGGUGCGACACCCAGAGGUCCUUUGGUGCGGAUCUUUGACCAUUGUCCCUCAAGGGCCUUGCAGAAGGUGGCCCUCCGACGCGAGCUGCAGUCUUUGCUGCGGCCCUACCUGAACAUCGAGCGAGCGCGGCAGUUGUUGGGCUUCGAGUUGACCAGUGAUGUGGCGACGAACACGCUCGACGCUGUGGUGUGACAUCGCAGGAGGCCGUGACGGUACGUGCAGGGCGCACCGCGCAAAAAGGCGGGCGUUGGAUUGGGUGGGGUUUGAGGAUGGUGGCAGGUCAUUGCGUUUGGUCGAAGGAGACAUAGCUUGUGCGGCAGGUCAUUGGGUGCCAAUCACCCAUUCAUAGUAAUUAGAUAACCAAUUAGAUAACCCGAAGAACCUUUUUGGAACAUUUUUGGGGCACCCCGCUGACAGGCAGGAACAGGUGGAGUUCGUUCGGAUUCUUCUUCUUUUUUUUUCAGAGAAACAUGGAAAAACGGUUCCUGAAUCGGGAAGAGAUUGGACAGAUGAAUCGCUUUGUUUAGUGUGUUCGUGAUUUGGUGGUCAUCACCUGAUCCCACGUCUGAGAACCAGGUAGCUUCUGCAGGCCCCUGUGAAGGGGUCGCUUUCAAAUCCGGACAGUCUUGUACCAUAGCUUGGCAGGGAAGCAGAGUGAACUUCAAAAGCAUGUUCUCUCUGAUUUCUUUCCAGCCAUGACUUUUUCAGGGCUCCUGUCGUCCCAACUGAACUGGCAUAAA